GUUCGUCUCCUCGUACGGCAAGCAGCCGAGUGAGCUCACGUCGUGUGUUGCGCGCAUAUCAUUAUUUCGUGUCUCGUGUCUCGUGUUCAACCUAGAAUACGGUUUCUCACGUAUAUAUACGUUUUUCAUUGGCGUUCCUCGAUGCAUCGUUACCGAUGCUGAUCGAGCAAUUACGAAUUUUUUCUUACGAUUUUUCUUACGUCGAUAAAACAACGGUGAAAGGUUUGUCGAAAGGAUAAAGCAGUGUGGUAAAAAUAUCUGGUGUCCGAGUAACGUGUUCUUCUUUUCCCUCUGCUCCGCCUUUGCGGCGCGUCUCUGUUGGCUUCGGGGCCGUCUCCUAUACGCGGUUUGCUAAAAUCCCGGCGCAGUUAUCGACGAAAUUGAGCAUCGUCGCGUCGAUCCAUGUAGCCUGCUACACGAGAGUGGAAAGGAAAUGUGAAAGACGGUGGGAGUAUCAAAGUGAUUCCUUGCCAGUGCACAGUUGCUUUUUCUAUUGGUGUUUAUUAUACGGUAUAAAUAGAGAAGCGAAAACUAAUUGAGUUUCUUCGACUGGUGAAUAUGCUUAAAAAUCGACAUUGUGGAUAUUGAUAUCGAUAUUGAAAUUGAAAGUGUAAGAAAGUGUUGAAAGUGUAAUAAAGUAUAAGAAGGUGUUAGAAAAAGGAUUAAAGUGGUGGAUGUGAGCGAUAUUGGUGGUGUGUGGUGAUAGGUCGUUUGUGACUAGUCGCGUCAUCGAAUUUUCACGGGACGAAGGAAUCGUCGAGCAAAAUGAUGGGAAAGAGAACGCAGUGCUACUUGUGCGAUCUUCCCAGGAUGCCUUGGGCGAUGAUCACCGAAUUUUCCGAGCCUGUGUGCCGUGGUUGCGUGAAUUACGAGGGCGCCGACAGGAUAGACGCGGUAUUGGAAUCGGCCAAGCAAAUGAAAAAGGCACAUGGUUUCCACGAAGCCAGAUCGUCCACGUCGAAAGCGUACAGAACGUCCGGGCACACGGAACAUAACGGUGCUACUAAUUUAGACGUUCUACCUAUACAGAAUACUGGCCAGAGCCAUUCACGGCAUCACAAUAUCGCUGGUUACUCGCAACUUCAUCAUCGAAAUUCAAUUACAGAAUUUAAUUCCGGCACAUCGCGGCAACAAAUCUCACGGCAACACGAAGAAACACACGAUAUCACGAACGGGAUGAGAAAUAAUAACGUGAGAAUCCCGAACGCCCACUUAGCUGCUGUGGCGCAUCACGUGAACCUCAGUCACAACAGAGGCAUCGCACAGCUCAAACGUGGUAUCUCGACCAUCGACGAGGACGAACACGCCGAGAAAAGGCUUUCGCUCGAAGAGCAACAUCCAGUCAGGCCUCCGUUGACCAGAGGCGAUUCCUUGCCAGCUGUAAGUCUCGCCGUUAGCUACGUACAAGACAGAAACAAGGAAAAACAUCCUGUAAGAGCACCCAGUUUCGAGACCGCCACUACUUUUAAGACCACUGGAGGAUACGUUGGCCCGUCUAUUCCUUUGGCGCCAGCAAAUGUAGCGGCGAAUGGUGGAGGUUCUCCUCUUCGUCCACGAACGAGUCCUCCACCACCGCCGCCACCAGCGCAAGAAGGUUCAACCGAUAAUUCACAGACGAAUCAUCACCAGGGUACAACAAAUGGCCCUUCGCCUAUGGCCGCGCUCAUGUCUGUUGCCGAUAAUCUAGCCUCACCCGAAUCGGUACCACAACCGCCAAACAAUCCGAGCCCGACCAGCAGAAGCCCACCGACCACGGCAACGAAUGCUCAGCAACGCAGUGCCUCCAGAGGCUCACAGCACAGCCCGAAUAGUUCAGGGUCCUCGGGCAGGAGGUCGAGCGGUUCAAGGCACGUCUCCUCGACGACCGUGACAACGUCGUCCGAAGGAGCGGUAGCUCAGGUUGCCGGUGCUGCUGAACAAGUAUCGGCACCUAUAUUAAAAUGCACCCUGUGUCAAGAACGUCUCGAGGACACGCACUUUGUUCAGUGUCCUAGCGUGCCUCAUCACAAAUUUUGCUUCCCUUGCAGCCGGGAAAGCAUAAAAAGACAGGGUGCUGGCUCGGAGGUUUAUUGCCCCAGCGGAGAAAAGUGUCCAUUGGCGAACAGCCAAGUGCCGUGGGCAUUCAUGCAAGGCGAGAUAGCCACUAUCUUGGGUGACGACACCACGGGCUCUGGGCUGAAAGUAAAGAAAGAGAGGGAAACUUAAAGAUUCUCUUUAACGUUUAAAUCGGGGCUAAAAUUUUGCACCCUCUUCAACCGAGGAGGGUAUCAUGGUGUGAAACCGUGAAGGUACACCAAAAACAAAUAAAUAGAAAAAAAAAACACACACUUUUGGUAACGGUGAUACAAGAAGUUGGUGAUGAUGUUGAAAACACCAACGUUCGAUUCGAGCCAAAGACGUUGUCGGUGUAAAAUUGGAAUAAUCACCAAGAUUGUUGACGUUGUCGGGGGAAAGUGGACGAUUUUAUUUCUCAAACGACGAAGCGUCCCGUUUGCGUUCCGCUGAAUCAGGCUUCAAGAAAGCUGCUGACCUGAUCGGCGGAGCUGUGAUUGUUUUCACCCGAUCGAUACGACUUCGAUCGGGGAUUGUUUUCGACUUGGUCUUGAGAAGAAGUCUUUGGCAUAUUUGCACGCUGGCGUCGGUUUUAUGACACGUGUUUGUACAUACGGGGUUAUGUCGUAGAACGGUUUAACGCGCGAGAAACAAACGUGUAAUUUUCUCUCGAAUGAUAUACAAUAUAAACGUAGAGAAACCGAGAAGUGGAGAGAUUUUUGUGUCAGGGUUGGGUUUGUACUUAGGCUCGAUCUGCCUUUGUUUUAUCGUUUCUUGUCUCCGCGAAUGUUUUCGCGGUUUUUUUCGAGUACAACAGAAGCAACAACAACAACAACAACAUACAGAUACGUAUACACAGGACAAAUAUUUAACGUACACGUAUUAACACGUACGCCCGCACGAUUUUGCUUCAACCAUACACACACACACGCACACACAUACACCCCACAUUAUACACGAUUACACUCGAAUACACUUUCUGUACACGUAUAGAAAAAGAAAGGUAUAAAACACGAUACCGCAAAAAUUGACCGUCUGUAUAUUGUACUUUAUUUUUACUCACGCUACAAUUGCGUAAUCGCGGAUCAACCGAAGCGACAAUGCUUUCGGUGUUUGAAUCGUCCUUUUCUAAUGUUUUAUUUGUAUACUCUUUCUACUACUGCUACUAUUACUACUACUACUACUACUACUAUUACUACUACUACUACUACUACUACUACUACUACUAUUACUCCUACUAUUACUUCUACUACUACUAUUACUACUACUACUACUACAACACUCAUUGUACGAUAACGAAACAGAGGAGAAAACGAAAAAAGGAAAAAGAAUGGCGGAAAUAUUUAGACCCAGCGUACGGGUUUUUUCUGUACAUUGUGUAUAUGUGUACAUACCGCGUUAUUAAUAAAACUUACGACUAAAGGAGUAACCAUUUUUAAAUGUACAAAAGAAACUUACAUUUGUUUGCGUAUUAAUAUCCGUUAAAUUAUUUUCUUUCUUCUUUCCUUCGAAUUAAUGUAAAAGAUAAUCGUGCGUCUAAAAAAGAAAAAUACUGCAAGACGUUUGUGUUUGAAACGCUCGUCGCGUUGUUUUUCUACGCGUACUACUUGGUUUUUCUUUUCUUUUCUUUAUUUUCGUUCAUGCGAAUCGUGAAAUGUUGUAUAUCUCUUUGAUAUUCGAAGCCAGAAUGGGGGCUGGCUCGAAGGGGAGGCGAACAUCGUUCUUGUUUCAGUCAUUUGUAAAACGGAUCUUAAUUGUCCGAUCGUGUAACGUCCACUUUCGCCUUUAAGUUAAUCGCUAGACUUUAAGUGAGGGCCUUUUGGUUUUUCAUUUUGCCGAUGAAAAAGAAGGUACGCCCGUCAAAUAGGAACCAUACACUCGCUAUGUCUUUAAAAAAAAAAAAAAAAAAAGUAAUAAUAAAAAAAAA